AUGACGAUGACUACUGGAUGGCCGGUUAAUGUUAGCAGCAGUAGCCAUUCGUUUACAAAUAAUGGGCCUCAAUAUCCAACAAGGAAUUAUAGCAAUUUAAAUAGAACUAUUAAUUUGUAUCCAUUAACAAAUUACACUUUUGGGACAAAAGAUGCCCAAUCAGAAAAAGAUCAUUCUGUUCAAGCCCGUUUUCAAAGAAUGCGUGAAGAAUAUGAUAAAGUUGGUAUGAGACGCUCUGUCGAGGCUGUUUUGUUAGUCCAUGAACAUUCUUUGCCUCAUGUUCUGCUUUUACAAAUUGGCUCUACUUUUUUUAAAUUGCCUGGCGGUGAAUUAGGUGCAACUGAAAAUGAAGUGGAUGGAUUGAAAAGAAUCUUGAGUGAUACUCUUGGAAAAGAAGAUACUCCAAAAAGUCAAUGGAUUUAUCCAUAUAUUCCUGCACACGUUACAAAACCAAAGGAACAAACAAAACUUUUUUUGGUUCAACUUCCGGAUAAAGCAUAUUUUGCUGUACCAAAAAACUUCAAAUUGGUGGCUGCUCCACUCUUCGAAUUGUUUGAUAAUUCAAAUGGAUAUGGGCCUUUAAUUGCGAGUCUUCCACAAAAUCUGAGCCGGUAAAAGAGAGAAUAUUUAAUUAAAAUUCUUUUUCAGUUUCAAUUUUCUCUACAAUCCUCCAUAAAAACAUUUUUUGAAGAAUGAACAAGAAAUAUAAAAUCUUUGAUAACAUUAAAAGUAUUUCUUUUUGUUUUAUUUGAAUUUGUUGUGUUGGUCAAUUUCCCCCUCAUUUAUUUUUUUGUUUAUUUAUUUUUCUUUGCUUUAAAGCAUUUUAAGAGAAUUUUUUUUUAUUUUAAGGGAAGUUUU